UGACACAUUCAAAAUUUUCGUAUGAGAAAAUAGAGAAAUAGCAAUUUUUGUUAGUUUACUUAAAAAAAUUACCAAGUUGCAGUUUCAUGGACAUGUUUAAUUUGUCAACGUAACUUGGUAAUAUUCAUAUAGUGCUUUGUUAUUUCUAUGACUUGUGAUAGAAUUUCAAGGCGAUGUCGCACAUUAACGACCUAAUUGGCGUGGUCCGGGGCCUGCGGUUGGUUGUGGAGGCCGGGGCCAAGCUCCAGCAGGAGAACGCUAGAAUCAUCUGGAAUAAUUCCACCAUCAAGGCUUUCGCUCAAACCUGCCCUACUAACCCCAUAUCUAACAUCAAAGUUGGUCCAGACUUUGGUAAAGAGCUGUUUGACCGGGCCUCCGUUGUCGCUCAAGGCUUCAGACAGUAUGCAGUAAUGAAUGUUCCCAAUUUCACAACGAAUUCAGAGACCAGAGCUGCCAUGGAUCCGAAGUUACAGGAAGAAAUAGAGGAGCUGAACAGAGAGUUCAAUCGGACGUUUGAAAGUUUGGAGCAAGCUCAGUUGCGAACGGAACAGCUGAACGAUAGGAUUCAAGUUCCAUUGGAGAGUGUGACGCGGAAGGUCGAGACGCGUGCUCCUGAAAUCUUGACUGAACUUAAGCCUGGCAGUGUUAGUUCGGGAAAACCAAAACCUGUUGCGAAGAAAAAGAUUCGAGUAGCGCUAAGCGAGAAUUCGAAGCCCCGCGUGGUCCCAUCAUCGCGUCUCGGGCGAAUGUUUUCGUUCGGCUCACUGGCCGCCGGUCUCGGAGUCGGCACGGUGGCUCAGUACGCGCGGAACACCAUCCAGUCCGUUACCGGCAAGACGGAUGACUCGGCGAACACGUUCCUGUCUCCCGCCAAUGCUGAGAGGAUUGUGGAUACGCUGUGUAAAGUUAGAGGAGCGGCGCUAAAGCUCGGCCAGCUGCUCAGCAUCCAAGAUGACACGGUCAUAUCGCCAGAACUGCAAAGCAUAUUCGAGAGAGUGCGGCAGUCGGCUGACUUUAUGCCCUCGUGGCAAGUCGAACAGGUGAUGGCAGCACAGUUGGGAGCAGAUUGGCGAACAAAAGUGCAGAAUUUCGAGGAUAAACCAUUCGCAGCCGCCUCUAUAGGUAGGUGCAUCUUGGCGGUGCUACACAACGGCAUGGAGGUCGCGAUGAAGGUUCAGUAUCCGGGUGUGGCUAAGGGCAUCAACAGUGACAUUGACAACCUGGUCGGCGUGCUUAAGGUGUGGAACGUGUUUCCAAAAGGGAUGUUCAUAGACAACAUAGUGGAGGUGGCCAAAAAGGAGCUAGCUUGGGAGGUGGACUACCGGCGUGAGGCAGAAUGCACUAAACGGUUUAAGACACUCCUCGCGCCCUAUCCUGAGUACUUCGUACCUGAUGUCGUUGACGAGCUUUGCGCACGAGAAGUGAUAACAACCGAACUGAUAGACGGCGUGCCGCUAGACAAGUUUUUCGACGCUCCGUACGAGACUCGAUACGACAUCGCGUACAAAAUCAUGCAACUUUGCUUGCGAGAGAUGUUCGUACUGCGAUGCAUGCAGACCGACCCCAACUGGGCCAAUUUCUUCUACAACCCUAAUACUAAACAGGUGAUCCUGCUAGACUUCGGCGCGACGCGCGAGUACUCGAAAGAGUUCAUGGACCAGUAUAUAGAGAUCAUAAAGGCGGCGUCAGACGGCGACCGAGACGCCAUCUUGCGGAUGUCCAAGGAAAUGAAGUUCCUUACCGGAUACGAAUCUAAGAUAAUGGAAGAGACACACGUGGACACAGUGAUGAUAAUGGGCGAGGUGUUCACCAGCACAACAGGCGAGUUCGACUUCGGCACCCAACGCACCACCCGCAGGAUCCAAGCCCUCGUCCCCACUAUACUCACCCACAGGCUCUGCCCACCUCCCGAGGAAAUAUAUUCCCUACAUAGGAAACUUUCUGGGGUGUUCCUACUUUGUUCUAAGAUGAAAAUUAAGAUGAAUUGUAGAGAUAUGUUCCAGGAAAUUUAUGAGCAAUAUAAGUAUAGGUAAUGAGGGCUUAUAAGGUAACCUUUAGUUAACUCUGCAUUUUUUAUUUCAAUUUUUGUCUUGUUUAGUAAAAAGUACCGACCAUACUGACUUUCAGACUUUGUCCGCCGCCCUAGGAAAUAUAUUCCCUACGUAGGAAGUUAUCUGGGGUUUUCUUAGGGCCAGUUGUAUCAACCACAUUUGACAGACACAUCAUCGUCACGCAGCAGACGUCUAUGUGACUUCCCAUUCGAUAAAAUUUAACGAGCGCUUUAACGGUGACAGACGUGUUGGUGCAAUGGUUUGAUGAAAGUCAAGAUGAAUUUUAUUAAUUGUAGAGAUAUGUUCCAAGAAAUUUAUGAGCAGUACAAAGAUAGGUAAUAAGACUGCAAUAAGACUGUCUUACUCUGCAUUUUUAUUUCGGAUCUUUGUCUUGUUCAAUUAAAGUAACUUGUCUCUUUGAAAUAUGCUGAAGGUAAAAAUGAAUUAUAGAGUUAAAUAUGUUCCAGGAAAUGUAUGAGCAAUAUACGGAUAGGUAAUGAGGGCUUUAGUACUAUAAUAACAUGUAACUAACUGCAUUUUUAAUUUCAAUUGUCUUGUUAUGAAAUAGUAACCGCCCAUACUGACCCAGUGGAUUUAUCCAACGAAAUGCUGUUGUUUGUUGUUGUCCUUCGAAACGUGUCGUAACGAAAUGUUGUGUGUUGUUGUCGUUCGCCACGAACCGUACUCUUGGUUAAGAGUUAGAUGAGAUUUUCUUCUUGCCAUUUUUUAUGAAAUGUGAUAUUUUUGAAAAAAAGUAUGCUGUUUCUACUCAGAAUCACUAGCUUUUUCAAUCGUAGUAGCUAAAAAAAUUGUCCCAAACGAUUUUUUCUUAUUUUGUUACCA